GAAAAUAUUAAAAUCCAAGUGAAUUAAAAAAAAUUUAUUUUAUAAAUAAUAAUAACAAAAUAAUAGUUUGAUAACAUUAAACGUCUCCAAAACGAACAACCGGUACGCGCAAUGGAGAGACAAGCAUCAACGUUUGAGUAUUUGUGUCGCGUCUGUGCCGCCAACACGAAAGGCAAAAACUCAGUUGCCGAAUGUGUUUAUAUUCUGAAAACGCCGGCAUUAAAGGAUAAAAUUGAAAAGUACUUAUAUCUAACGAUUUCCGAAGAUGAUAUUUUGCCAAAGGUGCUCUGCAAGGCGUGUUUCCGUCAAGUGGAGGCCACCGCUUCGCUAUCCAAAAUUGCCAAGCACACACAGAAGGUUUUCCGCGACUUCAUCUUCAGUACAAAGUCGUGCUUACAAGCCGAAAGCAUUGACGUCAGCAGCCCCACCAUCGCCCCUGUGGCAGCCGCAGUGCCCACACCAGUUCCGACACCCACAAAGGAGUGCACGCCUAUUGUCCAAAUACCGGAGCGGCCAAAAUCGAAAGAACAAGAGCGACCAAUUGUACAGAGUGCAGAGUCGAAGCCGCCAGCCUCACUUCCCGCAUCGUCGAACUGCUCCCACAAGGAUGAAGUCAUCCUCAAUGUGUCCGUCAACGAUCCUUUGACACGCGAGACCCAACACAAAAUGAUAACAGCAUCGCGUCGUCAAAAUUCGCUAGAUUCACGCUUCACGCCAAAAUCGAUUGCGCAACGUAGCUUUACCCAAAGCACACCAAAGCAGGCGGAGAGCAUGUCAGCUGAAAAGAAGCAAAUGACAUCGGGUGUUAUUAAUUUCUUUCCAAAUCGAAAACAACAACAAGUGACUACAAUCCACAGCGGUGGAUAUGUAAUUGGCGCAGCGCCAGAAACCCUACCAACAACCAGCAUACCGGCCGAGUUGAUGCCAGCGUCGAAUACUCUACAGCAGAAGCGUAAAAAUCUUAAAAAGGCACUUAAUAACUCGAAAGCGGCAAAUACCGGACAGGUUUCGCUGCUAAAGGUCUCACAAAAGCCGCCGCCACCACCAGCACCACAGACGCAGCACAGCCAACCUAAGACACAAAAACCGGUCGAGCCACCAACUCUAUUGGUGGAAGAUGAUAUACCGGCAGACCCAUUGCCUCAAAAGAUUAUCAUCGCCGCCACAAAGCAACAAAAGCACCAAGUGCAUGCUGCACCGACACCGGCUAAAACACCACCAGAGAUCGUUGUCGAGCCACAAACUCAAUUAGAGCCAACCGAUUUGUCGCAAACCGCCAGACCAAGUAUACCCGAUGACAUUUUGCUGGGCAAAGUAAUUAAAGAUCUUGACCUGCUCAAGCUCAUACUCAAGGCACUCAAAUGGCCGGUGAACAAACAUACUAUGGAAGCACAAUUGGAACGUUUGCGCAACUCGCGCUUCGCACUAAUUAUGGCCGAUAAAAAUCUGCUGCAAGACGCUGAUCUCACACAAAUAAUGGGACCGUAUUUGGGUCCCGUGUUGCAGGCGGCGCAAAUGCUGCAGCAGCAACAACAACAGCAAGUAGCGGCAGCGGCAGCAGCAGCAGCCAUAACUGUAACUAACAAAGAAACUGAGCUGCAGGUGGCGGGCAUAACAACGGCAUUGCCGUACAAACUGCCGGCAGAGACUUCAGUACAAUUGGUGCCGGCCAGUCCAGAAGAAGCAGAGCGUGCAGACGAGGCGCCACUCAAGGAAAGUACUUCAAAUCAGUCAGUGAAGCGUGGCGCUACAAAACCCAAUGCAAAAAUGGUGCCCCCUAAAAAGGUGCGCAAAGUGACAACACGUGGACGCAGUGCUUCGAUUUUCAAUAGUGAUGAAUAUGCAACUUUGAAUUCCGCGCUCAAUUCCCAAUACCAAAGCUCAAAGUCCACACCCGACUUCCACGUCGAUCUCAAUCCCUCAGCACUAUUUGCGCAAUUGAACAUGCUUAGUGGUCUCAGUGCGUCCAACUCGAAUGAGGCGCUCAUCGCUUUGUUACAACGGCAACGCGCUGCAUUGACACGUUUUCAACAACCCCAACAAGACUCCCAAAAACCGACGGCGCGUCGCCAACGAAGCAACUCGAUCAUUACCGUGCCUGCCAGCGGCAAUGACUUUGUCUUCGACACUGAUGACAUCAUAUUAAUGGAGCCAGAUGAUAUCACUCAAACGAACUUACCAAACAGUGCCGACGUCAAUACGGGCAGCUCUUCAACGACGGUCUCACAAAGUGAUACGAUCACUUUCCCAGUACCACAGCAGGUGUCAAAGCCCAUGAUAACACGCCCAAUUAUUAAGCGUCGCAGAACCGUUAUACAAGCAUCACCAGCGCGCAUGAAUCUUGCCAUAAAUGCAGACCCAGCAACAACUGCGGCCAGCGCCAAAUACACUGAUAGUGCAGACAGCACCACCACAACGACCAAAUUGGUGGCAAAAGCCACCGAUAUUUUCCCGUCCGCAACCACUGUAGCUGCGCCGGGAAAGAAACUCUCUAAAACGCAAUCGCUUGACAGUCUCAAUACAAUUGCCACGCAAUAUCCAUCCAACAUCAUCUCGGUAAGCACACAAGUGCCUUCAAACACCACAACUGCAAGCGAAAUUGCCACAACCACCGCUAUUGUCACCAAAGCCACCGAGACUUCGAUGACUGCAACAGCUUCUGCCGCAACUAGCAUGUCCUCCUUACUAACUAGCAAUGCUGCUGCCAACGUCGCCGCCGCCGCCGCCCCCGUUACCACAUCCACCGCGUCUGACAAGUCGACAACGCGCAGUAGUAAAGCAUCAAAAAGACUCUCAUCAAGCAAAGCUGCACUCGGCCAACAACUACUCGAGGCGAUCGGUCUGCAGAAGACCGCAACCGAUACGAAAGAUGUUGCUGUAGUAUCCACUGCCGCACCCCCUGCGCGUGGCUCAGUACAACAAAUACGCAGCGCAUUGAAGAAGUCGCUGCAGAAAGCGCAGGAACAGCAGCAGCAGCGCAACAAAAAGCAGCUGCCAACAAUCGUUAUUGACGACGCGCCCGAGAAAACGGUGAAUGUAGUGCAAGAGGUCGUUGUGCAGCCACGCGCCAAAGCCAGCACACCAGCAGAACCUUUGGACGUAGAGGAGGAAAUCAAUAAGAUCACUUUGGUGUUGCAGAGCAAAUCCAAGGACGACAAGAACAUCGAAGAGGUAAACAAACGCCUGAGCGCCGCGGCACCGACGCGCAUCCCAGGCAUAAGGCGUAAGGUGGUGCCCACUCCAAGGAAUCGCAAACCAGCUGUGGCGCUAAUGGCAGACGAAAUUGUCGAUCUUGUUGAGGACGAAGAUAAUCAAGCAGCUGCUGAAGUGAAAGGCGUCGACAAUGUAAAAGACAAAGAGGAGGAGUUGAGCGUCACAACUGUGUCGCAAAGUCAAACUAAGGAUGCUGUCAAAACUGAAACACCAACGCGUAGACGUGGCAGAAAAAUGAAACCGCGUGAGUUGGAGGAAUUAAUAGAUGCUGACGAUGACGAUGACGACGAUGAUGACGAUGAGGAUAACAAGCCGCUGAAGCCAAAGAGUGAAAAGAACGCCGGCGAUAAACACAAAGAUGAACCGCGAGCACGUACGCCGGCGCCACGUCAACGCAGUCGACCACCACCAGCAAAUGGCCGCAAAGCGCCAAGUGAACGUGACUUCGACGAUGAUGCGGCGAGUGUGAAGAAUGACAAUGAAAGCACUACCAGCACGGCUGGCAGCGGUCGGCCAUCACGCAUCAGCAAAACGUUGUCUAAAUACUACAAGGGACCCGAUAAAUCCCCAGCGCGCAGUUCUAACAUUUCAACGCGCAGAGGUAGACCAAGAAAUUAAACCGCCUACAACCAGAAUCUUUUGUACAACGCAAAAUUACCCUGUAACUGGCCAGCACAGCACAUAUUUUUCCUUAUCAGCAGACGUGGAUUAUUCUUAUAUUUAGUGGAAAUUCCAAGAAAUGCGCUUUAAAAUACAAAUAAUAAGUAUUUCUUACGUCAUCGUUGAUGUAAAUAUAUACUGUAUAUAAAAAAUAUUUUCUAUAUGUAAAAAUAUUUCUUGUCUUUUAUAAUUUAA